AUGAGACUGGCCUUCGUCCUGGGCCGGUUCUGUCCACCUCCGGGCUUCCGAGCGCCAGCCGGCGGCACCGCGCGUUUAUACUCCACCUUCCGAGGGACCGCCCGCAGUCCUGCAACUCGACGCAUACCAUGGCGGAACAACCGGUAUACGAAGUACACGCUACGCGCAGGUGGUGCGGGGGUGAGCGCGCUGGGUACGGCUGCCUUCUUUGAGCUGUCACAAAAGGAUAAUGGGGGCACGGAUCAGACGGGGGAGAAGCGCAUGUUGGAGGCGAGCAGGUCCGAGAUCAAGAAGGAGGUUGCCGAGGACGAUCGGGGCAUAUCGAGGGCGUGGCAUACCGUGAAGCUGUUUGUGGACGUCUACAUCUGGGAACCCAUCUGCACUGGGCUGAGGUUCCUCCACCUUGCUGCCAUCUUUGUCCCUGUCAUCAUCGCGGUCCCCGUGAUAUGGAUUGGCAAGCGGCAGCCUGAUCGCGACAAUGAGAGGAGCGGAACAUUGUGGUGGUAUGGCUUCCUGGUCCAGUCUAUGGAAUGGGCUGGGCCCGCUUUCAUCAAGCUCGGCCAAUGGGCAGCAUCUCGCUCCGAUGUCUUUCCCGACGAAAUGUGCGAAAUCAUGUCGAAACUACACUCCAACGCACCGGCCCAUUCCAUGCAUGCCACCAGGCGCACCGUCUCUGCCGCAUUUGAUGGACGUGAUUUUGAAGACAUUUUCGAGGAAUUCGACGAGAAACCCCUCGGAGUUGGCGCCAUCGCUCAAGUCUACCGCGCCAAGCUGAAACCAGACCUCGCCGCGCCCAACGCCGAUAUCCCCGACGAGCCAAAGCCUCUCCGCCAGAAGGUGGCCAAGAAUGUCGACGCGGCCCUCAAGAGCACGCCCAAGAGGGUCCCCUCGACGUACGUCGCCGUGAAGGUGCUCCACCCCCGCGUGGAGAGGAUCGUCCGCCGGGACCUGCGCAUCAUGCACUUCUUCGCCUCCGUCCUCAACGCCAUCCCCACCAUCGAGUGGCUCUCCCUGCCCGACGAGGUCGCCCAGUUCGGCGAGAUGAUGAAGCUCCAGCUCGACCUGCGCAUCGAGGCCGCCAACCUCGCAAAGUUCCGCAAGAACUUCAAGGACCGCAGCACUGCCUGGUUCCCCUACCCCUACACCGAGUUCACCACCCGCAAUGUUCUCGUCGAGGAGUUCGCCCAGGGCAUCCCCCUCGCCGACUUCAUGGAGAACGGCGGCGGCGUCUUCCAGCACGACAUCGCCUCCGAAGGGCUAGACGCCUUCCUCCGCAUGCUCCUCAUCGACAACUUCGUCCACGCGGACCUGCACCCGGGUAACAUCAUGGUCCGCUUUUACCAGUCCGACGAACCGGACCUCAAGUUCCGCCGCCACGACAAGCACCCGCAGGAGCAGAACGACGUCACCGAGCAGGUCCUCGCCAGGCUGCGGCCCUUCCGCCACAGGAAGGACCCGGCCGCAUGGGACGCGGAGCUGAAAAAGAUCGACCACGAGGGGUUCCGCCCGCAGCUCAUCUUCAUCGACACGGGUCUCGUGACGGAGCUCAACGAGACGAACCGCAAGAACUUCCUCGACCUCUUCCGCGCCGUCGCCGAGUUCGACGGCUACAAGGCCGGCAACCUCAUGUGCGAGCGCUGCCGCCAGCCCGACGCCGUCCUCGACAAGGAGAUCUUCGCCCUCAAGAUGCAGCACCUCGUCCUCGGCGUCAAGAGCCGCACGCUCGCCCUCGGCAACAUCAAGAUCGGCGACAUCCUCCAGGAGGUGCUGGGCAUGGUCCGCGGGCACCAUGUCCGGCUCGAGGGCGACUUCGUCAACGUCGUCAUCAGCAUCUUGCUCCUGGAAGGCAUCGGGCGGAGCCUGAACCCCGACAUGGACCUCCUCAGCAGCUCGCUGCCCAUCCUGCGACAGCUGAGCGCGCAGAGCGGCACCGAGAUGGCGAAGCAUGGCGAUUUCAGCAUGUUGGUGGUGUGGAUGGGCCUGGAGACGAGGCGGUUCUUGCAGGCUAGCAUCGAAGAUGUUGAGCGAUGCGUCAAAUACGAUCUCCUUUCUCCAAAUGUGUAA